AUGAUAAAAGCGUAUAAAUUUGGCUUGUCCGUUGAUGAUGAAAUAGAUGAUGAUAAUAAUAAUGAAAUUAAAUUGAAUUUAAAUACGAACACUGCAUUCGAUGAUAAUGAUUAUGAUAUGGAUAUUAAUGAUUUGGAGUUUAUGGAUAUUUUGUAUGCUGAAGAUUAUGAAGAUAUUGAAAAUCAUUCUGAUCUUCGUUUAUCAUGUUUUAUACAUUCGUUGCAACUAUCUAUACGUAAUGGUCUAAAAAAUGCUUCUUAUGUACCAAAAUUACUUAAAAAAUGUCAAGCACUUGCUAAAUUUGCACAUAAAUCAUCAAAAAUUACUGAAUUACUUGAAGAGUUAAAUAAACACAUUAACAAAAUGACAAUUACCCGGUGGAAUAGUGAAUUUUUAUUGAUCAAACCCAUUUCAUCAAUUGGUAAAACUGAUCUUGAAUUAAUUACAUCUUUAAUGGAUAACCCAAUUAAAUUUUCUAAUAAUGAUUUCAUUGUUUUACAAGAACUUAUUGAUAUUCUUCAACCAUUUUAUGAUAUUUCAAUUAGAUGUCAAGCAGAAACAGCAGUUACUGCUAGUUUAGUAGUACCAUCUAUAGUACAUUUGAUUUCACAUCUUCGUGAUAUAAACCCAGAUAUAUCAUUAUGUCUUAAAUUAGUACAGCAACUCGAAGAAUCAAUUACAACACAUUUUUCCGGUAUUAUUAAUCGAUUAAAUUUAGUUGAUGUUGUUGAUAAUUCUGCUUAUGGUGAUCCGAUAUAUUUCAUAGCUGCUGUAUUAGAUCCAUCAUUGAAAUUUUUAUGGAUUCGUGAUUUAAAACUGCCUGUUCCAAUAGAAAAUCGUUUAAAACAACACAUAAUCGAAUUGAUUAUUAAUGAAGUGAAAAAAGAUUUACCAGCAUCAACUAUUAAGCCAAUGAAGAUUAAUUUUCCUGCAACAUCAUCAUCAAUAUCUUCUUCUUCUUCUACAGCUACUACACCACAAAGAAAAUGA